CUGGAGGCACAGGCGAGCGGGUUAGACACUUUAAGAUGGGAAAAGUUGAUCUCUGUUUGAGCUCUGAAGGGACUGAAGUGAUUUUAGCUACAUCAAGUGAUGAAAAGCACCCACCGGAAAAUAUCAUUGAUGGGAAUCCAGAAACAUUUUGGACCACCACAGGAAUGUUUCCCCAGGAGUUCAUUAUUUGUUUUCACAAACAUGUAAGGAUUGAAAAGCUUGUAAUCCAAAGUUACUUUGUGCGGACCUUGAGGAUUGAAAAGAGCACAUCUAAAGAGCCAGUUGAUUUUGAGCAGUGGAUUGAAAGAGAUCUAGUACACACAGAGGGGCGGCUUCAAAAUGAAGAAAUUGCGAUGAGGAAUCUGAGGCCCCGAGGAGCCCACAGUCACGCAGCGAGAAGCAGCAGAAUCGGGAGUCAAACCCAGCCCCGACAAAUUUUCUUCCUAAUAUAUGGUCGAAGACCCACUGGCUGAAUGGCAGCUGUAGAUGACUUGCAGUUUGAAGAAUUUGGUGAUGCAGCCAGUUCUCUAGUGGCAAACUCGGAUGACACCACAAUAAGCAUUGAGGAUCCUGGUGAAACCCCAAAGCAUCAGCCAGGACCCCCGAGAGGCUCAGGGAGAGAAGAGGAUGAUGAGUUACUGGGGAACGAUGACUCUGACAAAACUGAGUUACUUGCUGGACAGAAGAAAAGCUCCCCAUUCUGGACAUUUGAAUACUAUCAAACAUUCUUUGAUGUGGACACUUACCAGAUCUUUGACAGAAUAAAAGGGUCUCUCUUGCCGAUACCAGGAAAAAACUUUGUGAGGCUAUAUAUCCGCAGCAAUCCAGAUCUCUAUGGCCCCUUUUGGAUAUGUGCCACAUUGGUCUUUGCCAUAGCAAUUAGCGGGAAUCUUUCCAACUUCUUAAUCCAUCUGGGAGAGAAGACUUACCAUUAUGUGCCCGAAUUCCGAAAAGUGUCCAUAGCAGCUACAGUCAUCUACGCCUAUGCCUGGCUGGUUCCUCUCGCACUCUGGGGUUUUCUCAUGUGGAGAAACAGCAAAGUUAUGAACAUUGUUUCCUAUUCAUUUUUGGAGAUUGUAUGCGUCUAUGGAUAUUCACUCUUCAUUUAUAUCCCCACAGCAAUACUGUGGAUUAUCCCCCAGAAAGCUGUUCGUUGGAUUCUAGUCAUGAUUGCUCUGGGCAUCUCAGGAUCUGUCUUGGCAAUGACUUUUUGGCCAGCUGUUCGUGAAGAUAACCGGCGCAUUGCAUUGGCCACAAUUGUGACGAUUGUGUUGCUUCAUAUGCUUCUUUCUGUGGGCUGUUUGGCGUACUUUUUUGAUGCACCAGAGAUGGAUCAUCUCCCAACUACAGCUACUGCAAACCAAACAGUUACAGCAGCCAAGUCCAGCUAAAGAGGAAAUUCUCUUUUAUGUUUUCUGGAGUGUGGUUCUUUGGGACAUGGCAUCCACCACAGGAAAGCAGAAUGACCAAAGCCAGCAAGAAAACUGAUGGAAUGGCGCCAGGGUCAACAUGGAUGGUGCUGAACUGAAGCCCAAUCACCUCUUUAACAAUCAAAAAUGAAAUGUUUUUCAGUACAUGUAUCUUUCAGCUCUUCUUUUUUACCCAUUGGUUACCAUUGUGACUCUGUACUAAUUUUGAGUGAAAUGCAAGAGAGUGGGUUAGGCAUGCUCAAGUGCCCUCCAUUUGCCUCCCACAGUCACAUGACAUGCUUCACUUUAGGUACGCCCUUAAUACCUGAAACAUAUCCAUCCUAACUUCUGAUGUCUUUUCUCUAAAUUAUGUACAGAUUAUCAAGGUGAUCCUCUUAUCCUCAAAUAUUUGCCAUCCUAAAGUAGCUACACAGUAUGAACUUUGGUUGGUAUUAAGUGGGAGCCUGAAAAUUUGUCUUUGGUGACCUGAUACUGGGAAACUAAACCUAAUGGUUGCAAAAUAAAUACCUCACAUAAUUCCUGUGUCUG